AUGGAGUAUCUCAAAAACCCCAUCAGAGAUGAAACCCAAGCAGAAAAGAGAAGGAACAAGUGCCGUGAUAUUCGCUGGAGGGUCAACCUGGAGGAAAAACCCAAUAAAAGCUUGAAGUUUGGGAAGAGCUUCAGCCAGACCAGAAAUGCUGCGACGCACCACAGACUUCACAGAGGGGAGGUGCCAUAUAAGUGCUUGGAGUGUGGAAAGAGCUUCAACUACAGGGGCAGCCUCACUUCCCAUCAGAGAAUCCACAAAGGAGAGAAACCCUACUGCUGUUCUGACUGCGGCUUGACCCUGAGCGCUCAGUCGAGCCUUGUUCGACACCAGAGAAUCCACACCAAGGAGAAACCCUACCACUGCUCGGAGUGUGGGAGGAGCUUCAGCCAGAGUUCGGACCUUAUUCGGCACCAGAGAACCCACACUGGGGAUAAGCCGUACAAAUGCUCUGAGUGUGGGAAGAGCUUCAGUCGGAGCACAGGCCUUACUUCACAUCAGAGAACCCACACAGGGGAGAGGUCAUACCAAUGCUUAGACUGUGGCAAAGGCUUUUGCGAAAAAUCAAAUCUUAUUCAGCAUAAGAGAACUCACGGGGGUGAAGCGGUGUAA